GUCGCUGGUCCCGGGCCGCCGCCGCCGUCGCCUCGGGCCCAGGCCCCUGGCCCGCCGCCGCCAUGAAGCUGCGCGUCCGCCUCCAGAAGCGGACGGGGCCGCUGGAGAUGCCGGAGGCCGCGCCGACGCUGGGGCAGCUGCGCGCGCGCCUGGGCCAGGCCCUGCUGCCCACCUGGGGGUACAGUUCUGAUACCCGGUUUGCAAUUACAUUGAACAACAAGGAUGCCCUCACUGGAGAUGAAGAAACCUUGGCUUCAUAUGGGAUUGUUUCUGGGGACUUGAUAUGUUUGAUUCUUGAAGAUGCCAUUCCAGCACCUAACUUACCUUCAUCCACAGAUUCAGAGCAUUCCUCACUCCAGAAUAAUGACCAACCCUCUUUGGCCGCCAGCUCCAUUCAGCCCAGCACACAGCAUGAACUAUCGAGUGAUUCAGUCCAAGAACAGGCAACCCAGUCCGAUGUCUGGAAUGAUGACAGUAUGCCAGGGCCUAGUCAAAAUUUUGAAGCUGAGUCAAUUCAAGACGUGGUGGAUAUGGAAGAGGGCACAGGCGUCUACCCCUCAGAACCAAUGCUCUGCAGUGAGUCGGUGGAAGGGCAGGUGCCACAUUCACUAGAGAUCCUGUAUCAGUCGGCUGACUGCUCUGAUUCCAAUGAUGCCUUGAUAGUGUUGAUACAUCUUCUGAUGUUGGAGUCGGGUUACAUACCUCAGGGAACUGAAGCCAAAGCUGUGUCCAUGCCAGAGAAUUGGAAGUCGGGCGGAGUGUAUAAGCUGCAGUACACACAUCCUCUCUGCGAGGACGGCUCUGCCGCUCUCACCUGUGUGCCUUUGGGAAACCUCAUUGUCAUAAAUGCUACACUAAAAAUCAAUAAUGAGAUUAGAAGUGUGAAAAGAUUGCAGCUGCUGCCAGAAUCUUUUAUUUGCAAAGAGGAACCAGGGGAAAAUGUAGCCAAGAUAUACAAAGAUCUUCAGAAGCUUUCUCGCCUCUUCAAAGACCAACUGGUGUAUCCUCUUUUGGCUUUUACCCGACAAGCUCUGAACCUCCCAGAUGUGUUUGGGUUGGUCGUCCUUCCUCUGGAGCUGAAGCUGCGCAUCUUCCGACUCCUGGACGUCCGUUCCGUCCUGGCUUUGUCUGCGGUCUGUCGAGAUCUCUUUAUCGCUUCAAAUGACCAACUCCUGUGGAGGUGUUUAUAUCUGCGGGAUUUUCGAGAUGGAACUGCCAGAGUUCGAGAGACAGAUUGGAAAGAACUGUACAGGAAGAGGCACAAGCAAAGAAAGGAAGCUCAGCGGGGACGACACGUGAUGUUCCUGCCAUCGUCGCCUCACCCCAUUCCAUUCUACCCCAACCCCUUGCACCCCAGGCCCUUUCCCCCCAGUUCUCUGCUUCCUCCAGGAAUUAUUGGUGGUGAAUAUGAUGAAAGAAUAAUACUUCCCUAUGUUGGGGACCCAAUCAACUCACUCAUACCUGGGCCUGGGGGGACACCUGGCCAGUUCCCCCCACUCAGACCACGUUUUGAUCCAAUUGGCCCACUUCCCGGACCUAACCCCAUCUUGCCGGGGCGAGGUGGCCCCAAUGACAGAUUUCCCCUAAGACCCGGCAGGGGUCGGCCAACUGACAGCCGCUUACCGUUCAUGUGAUUGAUUUGUAAUCUCACUUCUGGAGCUUUUCUGGUUUUGUUUUUUAAAAACUGCAGCUGUCAUCUCAUUGGGGUGCUGUUCUCUAGUGUUUUCUAAUGGCGUGGAGAGAAAUGCACUCAUAGAAACCUUUCAGUAGAUCCAUGUACAGCUCCAGGGGUGGGGUGGCCCCGGUGUCUGCAUGCCAGGGUUGGCCUCGGGGGUAGUUGGCUACUCACUCCCUACUCUAAUUCCCCGUUGUUCACGGAUAAUAUUCUAUACCAGAUUAAAAAAAAAAAAAACA